AUGGCAGUGGUCAGAGGCGGUUUCCGGCAGCCUGGCGAAAUCGACAGCAGCAGCGGGGAAGGAAAUGCUGAAUUCAAUAGUGGUCGGGUGGCGGCCAAUUUUGCAUACAGGCUUACAGAGGUCUAUCAACUCAACAACCCCGUUCCCCUCGAAAUGAUGAAGAAAAGCGGAUGGGUUGAUGGACCUCCACAACGAUACACAUACGUGCCACCUGCUGUUGUCGGUGCACUCCUUGCCAACCUUCGGUGCCGACUUCUUGUCUCCGUACAAGGCCGGACUGUAGGCGACGGGCUGAGUCCAGACGAGACCGCCGAAGAGGCGCUAUCUAUCUCACAGGAGAUUGAAACACAGUUACUCUGUGGAUUGCCCGACGGACAGAUGCUUCACAGGCAACGACCACCAAUUCCUCGGACGGCGCAUGAAAAUCCGGAUGAGAGAUACAAUUGUGGUGGAGCUCGACUGACGCGAAGCUCAAGCGGGGCGGUUAGCAAGCCUUUCACGCAGGGAGAGGUGCACGGUACAAACAGCGAAGGCUGGGCUGCUACAGCGGGCAGAACGGGCAUUCCAUGGGGUGGGACAGUAGUCUCUCAAGCGCCGCCGGACUCUUGCAUAUCCCAUGGCACACCUGUAUCAGCAGACGGUGACAGUGGGACAGGGCUGAACAGCAAUAUGCAUCAGCAGGAUGUCGCCAUGUCAUCGCGAAAGACGGCACCCCAGCAUUGUCUGUUUCAAGCGUCGCUUUCGGCUGACUCAACCCAAAUUGUCAUGCCCGACAGUCUCUACGAAGAGGUCCGUCAGGCGCCGCCGGCUGUCAUUCUUGACUCGGAGGGUGAGGAGGACGAAGAGGAUUAG